CGACUCAGUUUAGCCGGAUCCACGCCACGUAAACAUUUUAACUCCCAAGUUCCAACAAUCAAAGUUCCGUCCAUUUAUAGAAGACCUCUUUCAGUUUCCUGGAACUCAAUAAAAAGACUAUUACUACCCUAUAUCUCUCACAUUCUCAUCUAUCUUUCCAUGUUCUACACAUGGCUUCUCUGAACACCCUUGCUUUUCUUGCAAUCCUUCUUGUUCUGCAUCUUAAGAUUGCUAAAACUGACUUUUUAUCUCCACUUUUGUCACCCUUGUUUGAUGAUGUAUGCAAAGAAGUGGAAUGUGGGAGAGGAAAAUGCAAGCCUUCUUUAAAUGGAACAUUGCCUUAUUAUAACUGUGAAUGUGAUCUUGGCUGGAAACAAACUCGUGCUGAUAACGAUGAUCAUCUCAAGUUUCUCCCUUGCAUUGUCCCCAACUGUACGCUAAAUACUGCUUGUUCAGCCGCUCCCUCCCCUGUGCAAGAAAAGGAAGCCAAAACAAAUCAGUCUAUCUUUGAUGUCUGCAGAUGGACUAAUUGUGGAGGCGGGUCAUGCAACAAGACAUCACCAUUUACAUAUGAUUGCAAAUGUUCAGAGGGUUAUUUUAAUCUUCUUAAUGUCUCUGCCUUCCCAUGCUACAGAGAAUGUGCAAUUGGACUGGAUUGUGCAGACAUUGGGAUCUCAAUGACAAAUAAGUCUACUUCCACAGCACCAACAGUGUCUCAUAGUGAUGUUAAUCAAGCUGGCUCGGAGCUGCUAAAAAAUUGUAAUUGGGUGAUACUGUUGGUAUUGUUGCUGGCUACAAUUGCUUGAUUUGUACAGAUGAAGCUGAUGCGUAGAGUUUCAAGUUCCACGAUCCAAGUAGCAAAUAGAAAUUCUAGCAUCAAGCAGCAGCAUUGCUUGUUGUCCUAUGGUUAGUACAGUUAGAUUUUCAUCUCAUAUCAAUAAGUCUGCCAUACAGUUUAGGAGUAAUUAAUUCUUGUAGCUAGUGCUUGCAUAUGAUAUUGGAGAUUUUUUUUAUGGAGUUCAGUUAUGGUUGAUGGCAGUCAUUUGCAGGUUGUACAGAAAACUAUUUACAUGAUUGUAUUAUUUCUUGUUAUCCAUUUAUGAGAUUCUGGCUCGGUGUUUGUCCGUGUAA